CGGGAAAACCUCGUGUUUGUCGCUAGGUUAUGUUCGAGCUCCAUUUUACUGGCACGUGAAUCGUGUGCACACAUUUUCUCGCGUGAAAAAAAUUCAAUAGCAUUGUAUCAUUAAGAAAUGUAAUCUUUGCAUAUAUCGAAUUGAUUUGACCAUUGUUUAAUUGAUUAAAACAAUUUGUAUGUAAAGAAUGGUGAGAAAACGUGGACGGCACGGUGACCGUGUACAGUCGCCGCGAACGAACGAGAUGAAAACGCCUAAUAUUGGCGACAAAAAACCUGCGGAGGCCAAAGACAAAAACAAGAAAGCUUUGAUCAUCGCGCAAGAAAUUAAGAUUGCGCGAUUGCUGGCCAACAAUGACAAGAGGGUUCGUGACAAAGUAUUGAAAAGGUUGAAUAAGUGGCUAACAGUACGAUCGCAGAGUUCAUUUGUGUUUACAAAAGCUGACUUUAUGAGCCUAUGGAAAGGCCUCUUUUACUGCAUGUGGAUGUCAGACAAGAUGCUGAUCCAGGAGGAGCUGGCAGAGUCGCUCAGUAAACUUGUGCACUGCUUGAAUUCAAAGGAUACCAUUGUACUUUACACUAGUUGCGCUUUAUUGACACUUGCUAAGGAAUGGUUUGGCAUAGAUCAGUACAGAUUGGACAAAUUCUCCAUGUUAGUCAGAAGAAUUGUUCGUCAAACGUUUGUAAUCUGUAAGAACCAAUUGUGGAACAUGGAAUGGGUGACAGAAAUAUCACAGAUAUUUACACAACUUUUUUUAGAAGUGAAAACUGCCAUAGGAUUUAAUUUGCAUGUGACGGAGAUAUAUUUAGAGGAGCUUGCCAAGAUUAGUAAUGGAAAUAUACCGGAGGAUGUCGUCCUUGAAUUUAUUAAACCAUUUGCUGUGUAUUUAAUAACCACAAAUGACGAGCGACAAAUAAAACAUAUCACGCAACACGUUUUUAGAAACUUGAUAUUCCAAUCGGAUAUUGGUAUGGACUACAGAGAAAAAUUUCAAGCUUGGAGAGCCGCUGGUUUUCCUUGUGCACGUAUAGAUGAUAUGCAAAAAAUAGAAAUAUCCGAUACAGAAGAAAAUUCCAAUAGUAAAGAUGAACAAUUUUCCGAAACUGAGAAUGAAAUCGCGAAUGAAAAGCCAUUAGACCCAAGAGCGGGUAGAGUGAAUGUCGAACUACCGCAAAUACCUUUCAACGCCGCAAAGAUUGUAGAGUUGCUUUCGACUUAUAAAUUUCAUCCAUCAUCAACAGCGAAAUCUCGCAGACAGCUCAUGAGACUUCUUUACGAAUUUACGGAAUUGUCGCAGGGUCGCAUGCCGCUUGGAAUAAAGAGGAUCAGGAAACCAAAUUUUGAGAAAAAAGAUGUGGAUUCGAAAAAGGCCGCGUUGCGUCUUAUCCAGUUUGAAAAAGAUUUGCUCUCUGAUAAACCGGAUAAAAAGCGAAAAAGAAAAAAUAAUGUGAUUUGUGAUAAAAUUUCUGUUAACAAUUCAAAAAAUAGAACUACUUCAGAUCGAAAAUCUAAUAUACAUAUAGAUGCUGAUUCUGAAAAUGAGCUAACCGAUACAACUACCAGCACAAAGGCUAAUUUGCAAGAUGUAGAUGCAUUUCCAUUUAAGAAACGAAAAAAAAGUGAUUCAACCGACAAGGUGAAUAAAAAGUGGAAAGGAGAAAAAAAUGUGAAAGCAAUUCGUGAUCAAGUUUCUACUAGUAAUUUAAAAAAUGGAGGUAUCUCAAACCUAGAAUCUAAUGUACAUAUAGAUGCUGAUUCAAAAAGCAAGUUAACCGAUGCAAUCGACAAGACGUAUAAAAAGCGAAAAAGAGAAAAAAAUGUUAAAGCAAUUUGUGAUAAAGUUUCUACUAAUAAUUUGAAAAAUGGAGAUACCUCAAACCUAGAAUCUAAUGUACAUAUAGAUGCUGAUUCAAAAAGCAAGUUAACCGAUGCAACCGACAAGGCGCAUAAAAAGCGGAAAAAAGAAAAAAAUGUUAAAGCAAUUUGUAAUCAAAUUUCUACUAAUAAUUUGAAAAAUGGAGAUAUCUUAAACCUAGAAUCUGAUGUACAUAUAGAUGCUGAUUCGAAAAGCAAGCUAACAGAUAUGACAGCAAUCACAAAGGCUAAUUUGCAAAAUAUAGAUGCAUCUCCAUUUAAGAUAAGGAAAAAAAGUGAUUCAAUGUAUGGUAUAUCUAGUACUAAAUCCAAAAUUAUUGAAAACAAAAAAAAGCUACGAUUAGAAACUUCUAAAAAGAAUAAAGUUACAAAAAUUAAAACAAAUAAAAGUAAAAAGUCUAUAGCAGACAUAAAUGUAGAUUGUAAAACAAAAACUAUAAUUCCUGAGAGUCAAAUAUUUAACAAUACAGAUCAAUGUAUUCCUAUUUCGACAAUUUCCAACAAAAAAGUACCGUUAAAAGAAAUUAAGAAAUCUGUAGCCAAGAAAGCACUGUCAAAAAAUAAAAUUGUACAUAAAGAGAAGCCACGGAAAAAUGAAUCAUCGGGUCAGAUAAAGAAGCAAAUUAAUUUAAACAAUUCUCCGAUGGAAAAGAAAAAGGUAAUAUUUGGACUUUCUCGAAAUACAGCACAACAUACGUCCGAAUAUCUUCAACAAGUCCGCAAAAGUCCAGGCAUUCCGUUCGAUGCAAAUAAAAAACCAUUGGCCAGUGUACUAAAAAUGAAUUUUAUACCAAGUCCACUUAAUCCAUUUUAUAAGAAAUAAUGCCCGAAAUAAUAUUUAAACUUUCCUGAAAUUGUUUUGAUGAGAAAACUAAGCACUUUUAAAUGGUUGAUAAGAACUGUAAAGAAACGUUUUCCUUUAAAAUUGAGACUUAUACACAUUAAUCACAUUUUAUUAAAUUUGACAUUUCUUCUCAAAUACAACGUUUGUCUUCUAUCAAAGGUUAAUAUGGCUGAUGCUCUAGUUAAAAUUGUUACUGGUUCAAGUUGCUUUUCUGCUAUUGGAAAUGUUUUAUAUAAUAAUAAUUCUUUAUUCACUUCAGCAUUAUGAAAAUGUUUUAUUAGAAAUGUCACGAAAGAAAUAUACAUACGUUUGUAAUAAAUAGAAUAAAUAGAAUCAUAGUUUAUCUCUAUACAUUUAUUUAAAAUCCAUUACUACUGAAUUUGCAUAGUAGCACGAGUAGUAGCAUAAAUAUGUACCUUCUAAAUAUGAUUGUUAUGCAAUAGAGUAAGUUUUAUUGCAUUAUUUGUGAAUGUUUAUUUAUUUGCAAUUUGAAGCAUCUUACUGCAUUUUUUAUUGCAUAACAAUCAGAAUAUAAUGUAAAAAUUUAUACUGUUCGAAUACAUAUACAACUUGAUACACAUGUGUAGUGUAAUAUUACAAUCUUAAACAGUGUACAAGAUGCAGUAUAUGCUGUUAUAUAAAAUAUUCCGUGUGUUAUGACAUUAAUAGUAACAACUUUAGACAUUACACGCAUUUCUUUAUUAUACGAUAAUCUAAUAAACAUCUAUUUGCACAGAAAAAUUUCAAUACAUUAAUAUUAUUAAUUUUUUUAAUUUGCCAAUCUAUAAGACACAUACAAUUAAUACAGAUUAUUAUAAUCAAUUUAUAAUUCUAGUUAUUUUUUUAUUAGAACUAUAUAAGACAAUUUUCACUUACAUCGAGUAUAUGAUAUUCCAGGUACAUUACAAUUAUAUUAUAUGAAGAAAGUAUUCCUCUAAUGUGUUUUAUUACAUGUACACAGAUUACGUAUACAGAUCUUCUAGAACUAUAUUUAUUGGAUAAACCAACUCUUAUAAAACUAUUUUGACUGCUUAUGUAUAUCUCUUUGGCACGUGAAUUCACUUUUAGUUAUGCUCAAAAUUGCAUAAGUUAAUCUAUCGAGAAUACUAGAAAAAAUAAAUAUUUUCAUAUAAUAAAUUACAAAUUACAUGCAAUAUAAGUAUUCUUUCAAACACAUAGAUUGAAUAGAUUGAAUCAUACACAGAUUAUAUUACUAUGUGAGAUAUUUCUCAUUUAAACCUUUGAUGAAAUAGAGUUUUUAGCUCUGAAAAGUGCUGAAAUUAAUAAAUGCGAACUUUCGUACUCAUUUAAAAGUCAUCUUAUCUAUAGUCUUCAGAUCAAAUUCAUUUGUUACAACACUUUUAAAAAACUAGUAUGAAGUAAAAGAUGUCGAAAUAUAGAAAAUUACAUAUUUGAUGUUAGAUACUAAUAUUUUAAUAUAUAUACUUUCGAACACUCAAAGAGUUCGAGAAUAAUUUCUCAAACAUUUUUUUAUUCUUAAAAAAGAAUAAAAACAUUUUAAAUACUAAAGGUAAAUGGACCAUCUUGUGUAUGUGUGUAUCUUAACACUCAAUUCAUUUGUAUCAACUUUUAUUAGAAAGUCAUUGUAAUAAAAAUGAAUAUUUUGUUCAAAAUUUUGUUAAUAUAACUCUGAAAAAUUUAUAUAAUAUAUAUUUUACAAAUAUAGACAUUUGGAAAUAUAUUCUUGUUAAAAAUGUAUUUUUACUUUAACACAAAGUAAUAUUUGUGUGUGUAUGUGUGUGUAGUUAUAUACACAUAUGAUUAGAAAUGUAAAUCUCACGUCUUAAAAAUAGAGUAUGAUAAAUAUGUAAUUAUAAUGCGGUAAAAGAUGAGUGUCGAAAUACAUAAUUCUUGAUAAUGAUUCAAUUUAAUUCCCGCAAAUUAAAAUCAAUAACAGAAAUAUCACAAAUUGAAAAUAUUGCAAAUAUUUUUCAAUUUAGCGAGACAAUAUAUUUCUAUUAUCUGAGAACUAUAUUUACUCUUAUCUCUUACAUGUUAUCAUGUUUUUAAAACACUGCGACAUUAAGACAUUAAAACGAUUAUAUGCAACUAGUGAUUUAGGACUUUAGAUACAUCGAAUUGCAUUAUGUAAUUGUCAAAUUAUUUCGAAUAUUAUUUGAAGCUAACAGAUUUCUAAAAGUCUUGAAAAUCUUAGAUAUUGCGAAAAUUUCGAAUAUACAAUAUAAAAAUCUGUAAAGUUUUGUGUAUUUUGAAAAUAUAUCUUCUUUC